AUGAAAACUGCGAACGUACCUAGUUAUGGACGUGAACUGAGUUUCUGGAGAUGGUAUAGAGAGACAUCUGGAGGUGGUCUUCGUGAGGUUCGCGAGGGUGAAGGACCUGGACGGUACAGCAUGAGCGCCGAUGCCUUGAGCAUCCGGCGCGCUGAGUUAAGCGACGAUGGGCGCUGGGCGUGUCGCGCUGCAAAUGCUCAUGGGCACUUGACGCUUCGACUGCGCCUCGCACUUCGCGCCCAUCUUACUGUCCACGUACAACCGCAUACGCAGGUGGUAAACAGUGGUGGCACCGCCAUCGUUAACUGCACUUGGGGUGGCUGGCCAGCGCCACGCCUGGAGUGGCUCCACAAUGGUAUACCAGUCAGCACAGGUAUCGCCGGUGGCAGAGUCAGGGUUCAAAACAGCGGGGAACAACUUGUAAUCACAUCUGUACACCGGACUGAUAAGGGGGUAUAUCAAUGUAUAGCAAGGAACGAACGUGAUUCAGCCCAGGGGAGCGCUGAAGUUAGAUUGGGAGACACAGCACCAGAACUACAAUACACUUUUAUCGAACAAGUAUUAAGGCCUGGACAAGUCGUAACCCUAAAGUGUUCUGCAGCCGGCUCCCCUCCUCCACAUUUUAGCUGGAUGCUCGAUGGACAACCACUUAAUACCAUGGCCAGAGGGCACCGAUAUAGUGUAGAACAAUUUGCGACGAAGAACAAUGACGUGGUGAGUUACCUCAACAUCUCUGCUGUAAGAUCCGAAGACGGAGGUCUCUAUACUUGCAAAGCGGCGAAUUCAUUGGGAGAAGUCUCGCAUACAUCUAGACUCAAUAUUUACGGACCACCAUAUGUACGCUCCAUAGGCCCUAUUAGAGCAGUAGCUGGUCGUGAGUUGGUGCUGUAUUGUCCAUAUUCUGGCUACCCGAUUAGUUCAGUGAAAUGGGAACGCGAUGGGAAUCAAGUAGACUGGGACAACAGCGUUACGGGCGCACUCAGGGUAUCCCGAGUGGAGGCUUCUCACGGAGGAGCAUACACUUGCACAGUGACAGGACCACAUGGAGAGAUCGCCAGAAGAGAGCUUCAGCUCGUUGUCAGCAAUCCCCCAGAAAUCGAACCGUUCUCAUUCUCAGCGAAUCUUCAAGAAGGGAAACGCGCCCAAGUUAGCUGCAGCGUUAUCUCUGGGGAUAUGCCCGUCCACUUCAUGUGGCUUAAGGACAAUGGACCUAUACCAUCUUCUCUUCAGGUGGAAGAGCGUGGAGCAGAUUUUUUCAGCAAUCUUGUAUUCAAAGAGGUGUCAGCCCGCCACAGUGGACUGUACACAUGUGUCGCAUCGAACAACGCGGCCAAAGUUAACUAUACUGCUGAGCUGGUGGUCAAAGUGUCUCCCAAAUGGGUGACAGAGCCAAAGGACGAGGCAGUAUUAGCUGGAGAAUCUGUUGCUAUGCACUGUGAGACCAUGGGUUCUCCAAAUCCUCUGGUCACUUGGUUAAAGCAGAGGGCUGGCUCGGCGUCCGACUACACCCCGCUUGUAAACCUGGGCGGGCGUUUUCAGUUCCACUCAAAUGGCACUUUGUGGGUGGAGGCGACCCUCCCAUACGACGAAGAACCAGCUCGUUUUGAAGUGACGUCACACAAUGUAUCAGCUAGACGGGACUCCGCUGCGACCCUUGCCUGUGAGGCACGUGGAGAUGCUCCGUUACGACUCACCUGGUCUCGAGCCGCACGAGCCUUGGAUUUAUCCACGUAUAGAAUAAGCGUGUCCGAAGCAAAAACAGACUCGGGUCUACGCUCUCAGCUGUACAUCAGUCGCACAGAACGUCAAGAUUCCGGGGUCUAUAAAUGUCAAGCCGUCAACGCCUAUGGACACAGCGACCAUUAUAUUUAUUUAUCCGUCCAAGAAAAACCAGAAACACCCCAAUCUCUGUCUGUGACGGAGAUACUGUCACGUGCGGUCCGUCUGUCCUGGAGUCAGGGCUUUGAUGGGAAUUCACCUCUGGAGGCCUACACGAUACAAUACUGCGCCCUCUCUGCGCAGGGGGCUAUCCGCGUCUCACACUGGGAUUCUGCCACAACAUUAAAUGUUUCAGUCCACGGAUCUUCACACCCUCAUGUUAUACUUACAAAGAAGGGGGAUAUUCACUAUGAAUCACUGGUCAGUAACUUGAGGCCUCAUACAGCUUACAUGAUUCGUAUCGCCGCCAUUAAUCAAAUCGACAGAAGUGCUUAUACCGAACCCGUGGUUGUCAAGACGCAAGAAGAAGCCCCAUCGGAAGCACCAAGUAAUGUGCAAGUAAGCGCUGGAGGUCCUGGCGAACUGCAGGUAAGCUGGCGAGCACCACCACGAGAAGCUUGGCACGGGGAACUCCUAGGAUACUCCGUGACCUGUACAGAACUUGGGCAUGACGGUGGUCAAACCAAUUCAUCAAGGACUCUAACAGUUAACGGCUGGUCGGCGACAGAGCUGAGUCUGUCAUCGUUAAAGAAAUUUACACGGUAUGAAGUACGCGUACGUGCUUUCAAUGGAGUAGCAGCUGGUCCUAGUUCUGUGCCAGUCACUGCUACAACACUAGAAGGAGAAUCGCAUCCAACUCGAGUGCUGUGUUCAGCUCUGUCUUCGUCCAGCAUGAAGGUUUCUUGGAGCCCGCCUCCUGCCGACCAGCGAGGCGGGAUCAUACAAGGAUAUAAAGUCAUCUAUGCACCACUCACUACCAAUCAUGCUGACGUAGCGGAAAUAAAGCGUGUGACUACAACAGAUACGUAUCUUCACACUCUUCACAAAUACACCAAUUAUUCUAUUCAAGUCCUCGCCUUUACAAGCGCGGGAGAUGGCAAGAGGAGCCCCCCCGUAUACUGUAUGACAGAAGAAGAUGUACCAUCUUCACCAGAAAAGAUAAAAGCGCUCGCGUACUCUAGUGAUUCGGUGCUGGUGAGUUGGCUGCCUCCGCAACACCCCAAUGGCAUCAUAUCACACUACACUGUUUACUACAGAGAAGCUGGAAGGCUGGGCAAACAUUCCAGUUUCACAGUAUCAGCUGAGAAGAAUCAGGAAAUAGAGUUAAUGUUUCAAGUGCGAAACUUGAUGGAGAAUCAGUUGUAUGAAUUUUGGGUUUCGGCGACCACUGGAUCGGGAGAAGGGGAAUCAACUCUAGUAGUAGGACAGGGACCAAGUGCUAGAAUUCCAGCUAAAAUAGCAUCAUUUGGCGGAGUACGUUCCGUUCGAUUGGGUCACAGUACCGUUCUCGCCUGUUUAUGCGUAGGGGUGCCCACCCCUCGCUCGAGGUGGGCGCAUCAUCUGGAUCCUGUCACUCAUCAUCACUAUUAUCAGGUCACGAGAGCUGGACAUCUGCAUAUCAGAGAAGUCAACGAGCACUCAUCUGGUAAUUUUACAUGCACCGCACACAACAGCAUAGGCGAAGAUUCCAUUGUUUACGUGGUAGUGGUGGUCCUACCCCCUGGUGCACCCGCCUUAUCUCUUCAGUACACCACGGCUACGAGUAUUAAGCUCCACUGGCGAUUACCAACAGACACCACACCAGUGUUGGGUUAUGUUCUCCACUACAAGCAAGCGUCAGAACCGGAAUGGAACAGCGUAGAACUAUCACCAGAACUAACAUCGUACACCAUGGACAUGCUGAAGUGUGGAACAACAUACAACGCCAAGAUCCAAGCCCAGAACAAGAUUUCCUUGGGACCGCCAAGCGAAGUACUCACUGCUACGACGAGAGGGGGGUCGUAA